AUGGCAAUAGUAGAAGAACUGUAUUUACCAGAAGAGUGUUGGGAAUGUAUAUUCAAAAUAUCCCUCCAAAAAUACGGCGACCAUAGCUUAAACUCUCUAUCUGUCGUCUCGAAACAGUUUCUCUCUAUAACCGACCGUCUUAAAUUCUCUCUCACAAUCUCUAACCAAACCCUUCCUUCCCUUCCUCGCCUCCUUCAAAGAUUCACCAACCUCACUUCCCUUGACCUGUCGCACUUCAGGGUCAACUGUGACGUGAUUCUCACGCAAUUAUCUUGUUUUCCCUUACAAAUCAAAUCACUUAAUCUCUCUUACCGCGGGACCAUUCCUUCAAAUGGGUUGCAAAUUUUCUCUCAAAAGAUUACAACUUUGACCUCUCUCAUUUGUUCCAACAUUGGUUUUUUCUAUAUAUCUGACCUGUAUCUCAUUGCUAACAGUUUUCCUUUACUUGAAGAACUUGACUUAAGUUUACCUAAAAUUGAAGUUAUUAAAUCUUAUGAUUAUUUUGAUAUAAAUUCUAUUACAUUAGCACUCCCUAAACUCCGCAAGGUUAAUCUCUCUGGUUGUUAUUAUAUUACCAACUCAUCACUUUUUCAUCUCUGCAAAAACUGUAAGUUUCUUGAAGAGGUUGUGAUGUUUGAUUGCAAAAAUUUAACUGGUAUUGGCAUUGCUUCUGCUAUCCGUGAGAGACCAAAUUUGAGAUCUUUCUCCAUUACUUUAUCAGAAGCGAUCAUUAGUAUGGAAUUGAUUGAUUCUCUACGGAGUUUGAAGCAUUUGAGUUGUCUUGAUUGGUCGUUUUCGUAUAUCUCAGAUCAAUUACUCUUGUAUCUUGCAGAUAAAGGUCUAAAUUUGAGGAGACUUGUGCUCAGAGGUUGUAGCGGCUAUAGUUAUCUACUUGACUUGAGUCAUUGUAGAUGCAUAUCUGAAGGCAUAGUUGAAGUUUUAAGAUGUUGUGAAAUUAUACAUUUGAAUUUAAGUUAUUGUAAAAAAGUGAACCUAAGUGGGAUGAACUUCCAAGUUCCUAAAUUGGAGGUGUUGAACUUGUCAUUUACAAGAAUAGAUGAUAAAACACUCAAUGCGAUCUCAAAGAGUUGCUCAGGGCUACUACAAUUGGAAUUGGAAAGAUGUUAUAAUAUCACAGGGAAGGGAGUGAAGCAAGUGGUAGAAAAGUGCACACGACUGAAAGAGAUAAAUUUGCUGCAUUGUCGCAAAGUGUCUGCUGAUGUUGAUUUUUGGACGGCGAUGGUAUUGUUGAGGCCUUCAUUGAGAAAGAUUAUACCUCCCUCUGAUUUUCGACCUAGUAACAGCAAGCGGAAACCCUUAUUUGGUCGUGGAUGCUUUCGUUGUUAG